GAACCACAACCCCCCAGGUUGCAGUUAUUUUGAGUGAGUUUGCUCUCAAACUAAAAACAAACCAAAAUACUACUACUCAAGAAUUGGUUUACCACUAAAUCAUAUCAAUAAUCAAUCUCUAAUCAUCAUCAUCAUCAUCAUCAUCAUCAUAUAUAACUAACGUUUUCUUUUUCUUCUCUCCAGCUUCUCUCCUUUUCCCCUCUUUCUUCCUCCGCUCUUCUUCUCUCAUCCUCUCUCUCUCCCUUUCGUUUUGUGUGUGUGUGUGUGUGUGGUAAUAGAUAACGAUUCACAGUGAGAAUUGUAGAGAUCAAUAAUUGACAAGGGAAAUCAAGAGAUCGAUCUUCAAUCUCGAAUCAUCAUAUAACUAAAAAGUUGCAGAAAUCUUAUCAAAAAUGGGGGCGACCGAAAAGAUAUGGAAUGCGACGGAAGUGGCGGAGAGUCACAGCUCUGAGAUUCCGUCUUCCUCUCUCACCGUCAAUCACUCUCUCUCUCUACCCGAUAUGAAGCCUCGCAUCGUGGAGCUAUGCAAAGAUCUAUUCAAACAAUGGUCAAAUUUGGAUGAGUCAGAUUUCUCCCUUGAAACUGUAUCCGGUGGCAUAACAAAUCUGUUACUCAAGGUCUCUGUGAAUGAAAACAACGGGAAUGUUGUGAGUAUGACAGUUAGAUUGUAUGGACCAAAUACUGAAUAUGUGAUCAAUCGUGAAAGGGAACUGCAGGCAAUCCCACACCUGUCAGAUGCAGGAUUUGGUGCCAAGUUGCUGGGCGUUUUUGGGAAUGGCAUGGUGCAAUCAUUUAUCAAUGCUCGUACACUUACACCAUCGGACUUGCGGAAACCAAAGCUUGUAGCAGAAAUUGCUAAACAGCUACGGAAAUUCCAUGAGGUGGAAAUCCCAGGUUCUAAAGAACCCCAACUAUGGAUUGAUAUCUUCAAGUUCUUUGGCAGAGCAUCAACCCUCAAAUUUGAUAAUGACGAGAAACAAAAGAAGUAUGAGAUGGUUUCAUUUGGAGAAAUAAAUAAAGACAUCACCAACCUCAAGGUAAUGACAGACCGUUUCAAUGCUCCCAUCGUAUAUUCUCACAACGAUCUGUUGUCUGGGAAUUUGAUGAUGAAUGAUGAUGAAGGUAAGCUUUACUUCAUCGACUUUGAGUAUGGAUCAUACAAUUACAGAGGUUUUGACAUCGGAAAUCACUUCAAUGAAUAUGCUGGCUAUGAUUGUGAUUAUAGCUUGUAUCCGAGUAAAGAUGAACAGUAUUACUUCUUCAGACACUAUUUAAAACCUGACAGACCACACGAGGUUUCUGAUGAAGACCUUAAAGCCCUUUAUGCAGAGACAAAUACAUAUAUGCUGGCUUCACACCUGUACUGGGCAUUAUGGGCUUUGAUCCAGGCGAAAAUGUCUCCGAUUGAUUUUGAUUAUCUUGGUUACUUCUUCCUUCGAUACAAUGAAUACAAGAAGCAGAAGGACAAGUGCUUUUUGUUGGCAGAAUCAUGUCUCUCAAAUUCUCAGUCUGGUUAAAUGUAGACUGACUACUGGCAGAUAUGUUUGUUGUGAAAUUCUUUCUGGCUUUUGGUUUAUGUUCUUUGUUUGUAGAGCUUUAUGGCAUUAGGUUAUUUAUUUAUUGGAAGCCCACCCAUCUGCACUCUUCUGCUGUAAUCCUCAUAUUUUUGCUUGCUUUGUGUUGUACCAUUUUAUGAGACAAGUCAAAGUCAGUGCGAGGUUGGAAAAACAACAAAUGGUGGGAUUAUUCUAGUAGUACUAGCAAAGUUAUGUUUGUAAGUUAUUACCAUAGAUUUUUGCUUAUAAAUUAGCUCUAAAAUAGUUGAUUGUGCUUUAAACGUUAGUCGUGUCUCGUGCGAAAAGUAAAAUUGAUUUGCCUUUUGCUC